CGCGCCUUUCUUCAUCUCUUCGCUUCACUCGAUUCCACAAACAUGUCCAUAACUUUCUCAACAUACCUGGGGCAGCUAGUGGAAGCCGUGCACAACGAAGACGGCCCCAACCUCGCGUACCUUCUCCGACCAACCAGCCCGCACGGCAAGGACCUACUGAAGGAGACCCGGAACCCAACUGCGCAGUCACUUUCAUACUACAAGGGGAGCGUUGAAUCACCAUGGGACGAGGUCGCGAUCCAAUACGUGUUGGUGUGUUCGCAUGUUGCGCGGAAACGUUACCAGGAAGCAUACAAGGACCAGUCACAACUCAUCUCACUCUUCUUCCGCUACUUCACCUCGAACACUGGCUGGACAUUGCCCACCCUCUUUGCCCUACUUCGGGAUCUUCGCGACCUCGCACACGAUGCAGACAACUACGCCAAAUACAACAGCCAGAAGAGCGAGUGUAUGGAGAACGCUGCAGGUGUCCUGGCAAAGGCGUUUAGUAAUUGUAUGACUGACAGAUCAUCACCCUACGCCGAAUCACGAAAAUGGGGGGUGUACUACGUUGUUGGCCUUGUACUUAAAUCAUACUUCCGCGUAAAACGUAUAUCACUUUCCAAGAACAUCUUGCGCGCUCUAGAAGCAAAUCAAGAUGUCCCACCACUUUCCCAAUACCCUCGGUCCCAUCAAGUCACGUUUCGGUAUUACAUUGGCAUGCUGAGUUUCUUGAACGAAGACUAUGAAAAAUCUGAACGCGAGCUAACCCUUGCUUUUUAUCAUUGCCAUCUCGAGACGUACAGUAAUCAAGAGCGCAUACUAACGUACCUCAUCCCUCUCCGCAUUCUCCGCGGGCACCUGCCGACUGCCGAGCUGCUACAGCGCUUCCCGGUACUGGACGAGCUCUUCUCGCCGUUCAUCGCCUGCAUGCGCAACGGAGAUCUGGGCGCCUACGAUGCCGCGCUGGACAAGUGGGAGCGGAGGCUGGUCGAGCUGAACUUGUGGUUGACACUCGAGCGGGCGCGCGAGAUCUGCAUACGUGGAUUGUUCCGGAGAACAUGGAUAGCAACAGAAAAGAGCACACGCGUCCCGAUCUCGAUGUUUUACUGUGCUCUGAAGCUGCGCGGCGGCGACGCGGACGUGUCGGAGGAGGAGGCGGAGUGCCUCGUCGCGAACAUGAUCUACAAGGGGUACAUGCGCGGAUACAUCUCGCAUGAAAAGCAGAUGGUCGUUCUCGCUGCGACGAAUACCUUCCCGCGUGUUGUGGACCGGCCGAAUCCGUUCGCGCUGCUGUGAGCUGUAGCCGUAGGUAGCUUUCUUUAGGUACGCAUAAUACGGGUUUUUGUGGCUGUCUGGCUUGCUUUGUGCCCCUAAUCGAGGCCCGGUCUGUGUCCAUGACCAUGGAGAUGGCCACGGUCUCUGUGUCGCAAACCAGUGUGCUUCGUCCGCACAUGGAUCCUUAUAGGUUGUGGUCCAUCUCCAAGGGACCGUACUCGGGCCCUGGUUUUUGAUUGGCUCAGGUGUACAGCCAAGGAUGAGAUAUCGCGUUCAUCUGAUCCACACACCGCAACCUAUCUACGCCUUUCAGCGCUUCCGCCAUCAGAAGUCCAUACGAGGCUGCGCGAGGCCCGAAUUGUACCUCGAAGGGAUCAGCUGGCUUUGAGUUCUUCAUGCUUGCGGUCCACCAGGCGUGACUCUUUUACCCGUGAUGGACUACUUUCUACAGCGAUCUUCAUCGUGACCAAAGCUUGCUGUGAGACUAACAGCAAUCC